AUGUCACUCUCGCUAAGGUCAUACACUUUUAGAAACUCACAUCCCUUUAGAAACUGCUCUAAUCUUAGAACCCUCAAACUUUAUUUAAUCAACGCUACCAAGGUUGAAGUCUUUAAUACGCUACUCUCAUCUUGCCCUUCUCUGGAGGUGCUUGUACUGUACAUCGCAUGCACCUACUACAAUAUUGGGCUUCCUUUGAAGAUUGAGAACAACAAACUGAAGAUCUUGCAAGUGUUGUUGAUUAACAUUGGUGGCCUUAAAGUGUCAUCAACUAGUCUAAAUAUCCUUUUCAUCGAUAGUAUCUCUUUUAAGGACCGUUUUUUCCUCUGCGCCCCAGACUCCAAUUUAGAUAACAACAAUGCUUCUAAUGAGUCUUGGGAGAAGAAGUUUUGGGAAGAGGUUAAUAACAACAAUGUUGCGUUCCCCAAUGCUAAAUUCCGCGUGAAAAAUCUGAGGAUGCCUAACUUCAGUGGUUUGGAGGAAGAGUUUGCCUUUGCGUCGUGUUUGAUCAAGCAUGGAACAGUCAUAGAUAAGAUGAUGAUUAAGACGUCAAAUCUUUUCAAAAAUGAAAGGCAUUGUUUGAGUUCCUCCUAA